AUGUUCGCCUCUCGUCCCAUUCUGUUCGCACUCGUCGCGGUCACCGCCCUUGCCAAGCCGCUGGAAGUACGGCAGACGACCAACACCAACGCUCAGAUUGAGCAAGUCGUUGACAGUCUAGACGAGAGUAUUCACAUCAUAAUUCCGAAUAUCCUUACUCUCCAGGCCCAAGAGCGGGCUACGGAUGCCACCAUUGGAGCGCAAAUUACCCAAUUGGUUACGGCCUUUCAAACAUCCACCAGCGAUUUCACCCAAACUCCCAUCAGCAGUGGGUCGACUACUGACUCCCCUACCAACGACGAAAUCAGUGUCUUCUACGCGGAUGGACUACAACAGGUCGCCAGUGGUCUUUCAGGCCUCGGUCAAAUUCCUGAAUUGACUACACUGUCAUCAAUGAUGACAGCCCUGGAUCCUGCGAUAGCUGCCUCCGUGCAGGCUUUCAACAGAACCUUACCCGGCGCGAUAGGAUUUGUCAACACAUUGAUGCUUGAUGCGCAGCAAUUCCUAACGCUAGACGGGUUGACUCAGACUCGUAGUGCUCUCGGUUUUGCGUAG